AAAAUAAAUAAAUUAUAAAAUAAAAAAAAGUCUUUCAAUCAAAAGCGUUCUUCUAUUUUGUAUACAUUUUAUUGUUAAAAGCAAAGCAAUUUUUUAAAAGUCAAUUUAUUUACAGCAUGACAUAAGAAUCAGCUGUAGGUAAUCUAGACUUCGAUAUAACCAACAAAACACUGUGAACCACUUCUCUGAUCAAAGAAAUGGCUCUUUUCUUAAACACUAUAAUCCGCCGGUCGGUUGCUAACAUAAAAGCCAAUUCUUUUCGAAUAUUCGGUAAUUCUUUAACCCAACACAGUUCACUUGUUAAGAACCAAUUCGUUAACAAACUCUCACCAUCGCAACCAUCAUCAAAUUUAUGUACCAAAGCCUACGAUGUGAGUACAAAUGUGGCCAAGGACAUAAUACUCUUUAAAUAUGAAAAUCCGAAAUUUUUUAAAAUGUUAAAUAUCUUUGCGAUAGUACAAUUCUUAUUUUGGAAUUAUCUAUCGCAUUCGGCAUUUACAACACUUCGAGAUGCUCCUGUAGACGAAGCACCCGAAGAUGCUGCUUGGUAUCGACAAAUUAAUUUGGGUGAAAAUAAAUAUAGAAAUGGAAUUACAGUUUCUUGUUUUUUAAUUGGCUAUGGUAUUCUCGCUGUUGCGUGGAUGUAUACUUUACGUUCAGUGCGAUUCUUGGUCUUAAGGAAAGGCGGAAAAGAAUUAAGCUUUGUGACAUAUGGACCAUUCAAUAAGAACCGAAUAAUCACAGUUCCAAUGAAUUGUGUUACAGCAAUGGAGUCUCGAGGAACUGCCAGAGUACAACUGCCAAUUAAAAUUAAAAACAAAAGUUUCUUCUAUAUCUUGGAUAUGCGAGGUGAAUUCAAAAAUACAAAGUUGUUUGACUACACUGCUGGAUUGAGCAGGAAGUUGUAAAUUUUAUUAAGAAAAAAAUAAAACUAGUUUCAUUUUAGAAAAAAACUUAAAAA